AUGCUUCAUCGGGCCCCGCCGCCACCACAGCCACAUCGCCGUACCACCGCACCUCCAACUCAAACACCUCCGACACCGGCCUCCCGCUCAAACGCUCGCGAUCGUCCCAACCCACCUACCCAGGCCGCUACCCAUCGCUACAAUCCGACUGCAGCCACCAUUCCACAACCACGCACCGUCAAACGUUCGGCAACAGGGCUCCAUACCGCUGCAUUCCGAGAAAAAAUGGCAAAUCGGCUUAUGGAUGAGGCCAUUAGAGCGCUGGAGCAGUUGAAAGUGGCACUAGCCGUCUAG